AUGUCGUCUUCGUUACGUCAUCCAUUUUUUCUCUUCACCUCUUCUGUCUUCCUCCUCCUUCUCUUCUCCGGUGAUGUUCCCUCCGCCGUCGGGACUAUCUCGCCGGACGUAUCUAAUGCCACCGCACGUGCGAGGAACAGAGCAAGAAAGAAUAGGGAAUCAAUGGAGUUUUUGAACGCCCACAACAUAGCGCGUGUAGCUUCAGGCGCUUUGAAUCUCAAAUGGGAUAAAGGCCUGGUCCAUUUCGCAGAUAAUUGGGCCAAACAACGUAAAUCGGAUUGUAAAAUGACCCAUUCAGGUGGUCCAUACGGAGAGAACAUAUUUUGGUACCAAAGGAGCGAGAAUUGGUCGCCGGCGAAAGUAGUUGCGAAAUGGAUGGAUGAACGUUUGAACUACAACCGGAUUACUAACACGUGUACGCCCGGCAAGAUGUGCGGUCAUUAUACGCAGAUCGUUUGGCGUACAACCACAGCCGUUGGAUGCACCAUUGCAAAGUGUAGCAACAACCGUGGAUUCCUAGUGAUUUGCGAGUAUUCACCUAGUGGAAAUUACGAAGGCGAAAGUCCAUUCGAUUAG